ACCUUGAAUCAUGAAAUCUGUAAUAACCCUAUGGAAAAUUGUAUUAUUGUAAUAGCCUCUUCUAGCAAGCUCAGCGAAAUUUCUACAAGUUUGUGGGGCGUGCUUCCAGUAAAGUUCUAUCACGAAUUCUCCCAUACUAAAAGAAAUGAGGCUCAUUAUUGGGAAAAAUUGAAAAUUCUACUUACGUGGUAUCAAAUUGUACGAAUGGGGGCUGCCACAUUUUGUCCGGUAUUCCGGACUGGUUCAUGUUUUGGGUGGCCAACAUUUUAGGGUUUAAUUUAAUAUUUAAAUAUUACAAAAAAGGCAAACUCUACUAACUAAACAUUAACACUACCCCCAAAAAAAAAUUAGGUUAAGGCAAACUUCCCGUAGCGAUUUCAAAACGAACUAUCUAUGUCUCUGUCUCAAUCCAAACAAACGACAAGGAUAAAAAGAGUUCUUAUCCUUGCUCUAGAAAAGUAAGGUUAUGUUUUUUGUUUAGUUUUUUUUUUAAAUUUUGAAUAUAAUUUCUUUAUCCAUGGAUUUGUAUUUAGUGAUUUCAGCCUUAUUUCUUUUAAAAUGUCGAACGCAUUAGCACUUUUAAACAAUUAUGGAGGAGAUUCAUCAGAUGAAGAAGUACCAGGACCGAAAGUUUCCACAAAAAGAACAUUUAAAGAAGAUGAAGACUGUAACUACUCUAAAAAAAGACUACCAGUGCCCCAACAAUUUUUGCAAAGUAAGUCCCUGGAGCACCAAGACGACCCAUCUUUACAUGCCGGUAGAGUCAGGUCUUUUGCUCACGAGCGAGGAAACUGGGCUACAUUUGUUCAUAUUCCUUAUGAAGCUCAAUGUGGAGUUGUAGAACUCUUCUCUCACAUAGAAGAAACAGUGCCAAAGCAUUUGGAAUUGAAAAUAGCUGAUGAUUUUCACAUAAGUCUUACCAAAACAGUUAUUCUUAAAUAUCAUUGGAUCUCAGCUUUUGUAAAGAGUUUACAAGAGAACUUGAAACACUUUAGAAAAUUCUUUAUUCUAUUUGAUUCCGUUAAAGUAUACUGCAAUGAAGAAAGAACCAGAACCUUUCUGGGUAUACAAAUAAGAAGCGGCCGUGAUACUUUGGUCAAAAUGGUAGAAACUCUAGAUAUUUGUUUAAAGGAAUAUGAUCUACCAACAUUUUACAAGGACCCAUCUUUUCACAUGAGCAUAGCCUGGUGUGUAGGUGACGUUGAAAAAGAAUUGCAAAACUACUUGCCACAAAUCAAUGACAAAUUAGAACAACUUAUGGAAAUACAUAGUCAGGAUAAUUGGUAUAUUUAUGUGGACUAUUUGUUAUGCAAAACUGGGAAUAAAUAUUUUCAGUUUGUAUUAAGUUAAUAGUUUAUUAUAAGGCUAAAGUGUCGUUAUUUUGGGAUCACAAUAAUUAAUAUUCCUAAUAAUAAUAAUAAAAAUAUAACAUUUUUACCCCCUUAUUUCUCAUUACAUUUAGCUGUAAGAUCUAAAGAGACAAGAAAAAAAAAUUUAUUAGUUUGUUAAUUAGAUAAUCAAAUUAUCUUACUUUUUACAAUGUUUUCCAAUGCUGUUAAAACAGGGGAAUCAGAAAUCUCUUCAAAGCAAUCAUUAGCGUUAUCACAUGACUUGGCAACUUUAGGAUCAAGAGGUAAACUUCCCAAAAAUGGAACAUUUAAAUCCUGGCACAUUUUUUCAGCCCCCCCAGUAUUGGCUUUAAAUAUUUGCGAGCUUUUCUAAAUUAUUAAAAAAUAAUGAUCCAAAUAAACAAAAAUCAAUUUCUUACUUGACAACAAGGACAAAUAAACUCAGACAUAUUUUCCACAACUCCCAAAAUAUUAAUUUUUGUUUUCCUGCAAAAAUCAAUCUCCUUCCUUACAUCCAACAAAGCGACUUCUUGAGGAGUUGUAACUAUAACUGCCCCAGUCAAAUUGGCUUGGGACAAAUAAGUUACUGCUGAAAGAUGUUCAUCAGAAGUUCCAGGUGGAGUGUCAAUUAAUAAAUAGUCCAAUUUUCCCCAAUCAACUUCGCUUAAAAAUUGCUUAAUCAUUCCAUUUUUUUUGGGACCUCUCCAAAUAAUCGCAUCAUCAGGAGACCCCAAAAGAAAUCCUAUCGACAUGACUGACAGAUUAUCAUCAACAUACUGAAACAAUUAAUUAACAAUUUUCAAAAUGAAUGUCUUUUGAAGAACUUGCCACAGGAGACCAUCCAGAUCCAGAUUGGUGCACUUGUUCAUCAACCACCCCCAUGACUCUUGGCUGAGAAGGACCGCAAAUGUCAAUAUCCAAAACAGCAACCU